AUGAGCUUGGUGGGCAAUUUCGGGGCUAAUGACAACCGCGGUGCCGAAAGUGCGAAGGACGGCGUUUCCAGCGUGGAGACGAGGGAAGAGGAGGUUCAUCAGCUGGCCAGGCGGUUCACAGAGCAGAGCACUUAUUCAACGACUGUGCAGAACCCCUUUGCUGCGGAUCCUGGAUCGGCCCUCGACCCCAAUGGGGAUAACUUCAAUGCCCGGGCUUGGUGCAAGGCCAUGCUGCGGAUGCACACCGAGGACAACCAAGCACAUCCACUCCGGACACUGGGCGUAGCCUUCAGCAACUUGAACGUGCACGGUUUCAGUUCCGAUGCCGAUUAUCAGAAGAGCGUAGGCAACGUCUGGUUAGAGAUUCUCAGCCUGGCGAGAACGUUCAUAGGUCAACGUCAGCGCAAAAUCAAAAUUCUACAGAGCUUGGAUGGAUUGGUUGAAGCUGGAGAAAUGCUUGCAGUGCUUGGACCACCUGGAUCGGGAUGCUCGACAUUCUUGAAGACCAUCGCUGGAGAGACAUACGGCCUUAUUGUCGACAAGACCUCAAACAUCAAUUACCAAGGUGUGAGCGCAAAGCAAAUGGCCAACGAGUUUAGGGGGGAAGCCAUCUACACCGCUGAGGUCGACGUCCACUUCCCCAAGCUCACGGUUGGAGAUACUCUCUUCUUUGCUGCGCGGGCCCGAGCACCACGCCACAUUCCUGGAGGAGCAACUGUGAACCAGUACGCCACGCACAUGCGGGAUGUCAUCAUGGCCAUUUUCGGUAUCAGCCACACCAAGAACACUAUCGUAGGAAACGAUUUCGUCCGCGGUGUAUCCGGUGGAGAGCGCAAACGUGUCAGUAUUGCUGAAGCUUGCCUCAGCAUGGCGCCGCUGCAAUGUUGGGACAACUCCACUCGUGGUCUCGACAGUGCCAAUGCCAUCGAGUUCUGUAAGACUCUUCGCAUGCAGACUGACAUCAACGACACCACGGCCUGCGUUUCCCUUUAUCAAGCUCCUCAGGCUGCCUACGACAGCUUCGACAAGGUCCUGGUUCUAUACGAAGGUCGCCAGAUCUACUUUGGCCGCACAACCACGGCUAAGCAGUAUUUCCUUGACAUGGGUUUUGCCUGCCCUGACCGACAAACCGAUGCCGAUUUCCUCACUUCCAUGACUAGCCACCUCGAGCGUGUCGUGCAGCCAGGCUACGAAGCCCGCGUGCCCCGGACGCCUGAUGAGUUCGCCGCACGAUGGAAAGCCUCAGCAGAGCGAGCACAGCUUGUGAAAGACAUUGAGGCGUACAACGCAAAGUUUGCACUCGGUGGUGAAUAUCUGGACAAGUUCAAGCAAUCCCGGAGAGCUCAACAAGCCAAGGCCCAGCGUGUGUCGUCACCCUACAUUCUUUCAUACGUACAACAGGUGAAAUUGUGCUUAUGGCGCGGUUUCAAACGAUUAAAAGGUGAUCCCAGUAUCACUAUUUCUUCAUUAGUUGGAAAUUCCAUCAUGGCUCUCGUCAUCGCCAGUAUCUUUUACGACCUCAAGGCCGAUACCAACAGCUUCUUCCAGCGUAGUGCUCUCCUCUUCUUUGCUGUUCUCAUGAAUGCUUUUGGUUCCGGCCUUGAAAUGCUCACUCUUUAUGCUCAACGAGGGAUUGUGGAGAAACACUCUCGAUAUGCCCUCUACCACCCGUCUGCUGAAGCAUUUGCAUCUAUGCUCAUGGAUUUGCCCUACAAAACUCUCAACGCCAUCACUUACAAUUUGGUUCUCUAUUUCAUGACAAAUCUAAGACGAGAACCUGGUGCUUUCUUCUUUUUUGUAUUCACCUCAUUCAUUCUGACUCUAACCAUGUCCAUGUUCUUCCGGUCCAUUGCAUCGCUGACAAGAACCCUUGUUCAAGCGCUCGUCCCUGCCGCGAUUCUAAUUCUGGGUCUCAGUAUGUACACUGGUUUCACCAUUCCGACGCAGUACAUGCUUGGAUGGGCCCGUUGGAUUGCCUAUAUCAAUCCUAUCAGCUAUGGUUUUGAGUCUCUAAUGAUCAAUGAGUUCCACAACCGUGACUUCGCCUGUGUCAACUACGUCCCGUCGGGCCCUGGCUACGCGGGUAUUGGACCUAACAACCAUGUUUGCUCCACAGUCGGAUCAGUGCCUGGACAGCCCUAUGUCAAUGGCGACAGUUACAUUGAGUCAUCUUAUGGCUAUACCGCCUCGCACAAGUGGAGGAACGUUGGCAUUAUAUUUGCCUUCAUGUUCAUCCUCAUGAUUGUCUAUCUGUUUGCUACUGAGUUAGUCACCGAGAAGAAGCCAAAGGGCGAGAUCCUCGUGUUCCGUCGCGGACACAAGGCCCUGAAGAAGAGCAAGUCAGAGGAUGAUGUCGAAAGCGGUAGUGGCCGCAGUGUUGUUGUGGAGAAGUCCCAAUCAGAUGACAUUGCCAUAAUCGAACGCCAGACUGCUAUCUUCCAAUGGAAAGAUGUUUGCUACGAUAUCAAGAUCGGAAAGGAGCAUCGCAGGAUUCUUGAUCAUGUUGAUGGAUGGGUCAAACCAGGUACUUUGACCGCGCUUAUGGGUGUUUCUGGUGCUGGGAAGACCACACUAUUAGAUGUUUUGGCUACUCGUACCACCAUGGGUGUUAUCACGGGAGAGAUACUUGUUGAUGGCAAACCUCGUGAUGAAUCCUUCCAGCGCAAGACUGGCUAUGCUCAACAACAAGAUCUGCAUUUGAACACCUCCACGGUUCGCGAGGCCCUUACCUUCUCUGCUCUUCUACGCCAGCCUGCUCACGUCCCUCGUCAAGAGAAGAUUGACUAUGUUACAGAGGUCAUCAAGCUUCUAGAAAUGACUGAGUAUGCCGAUGCUAUCAUUGGUGUGCCUGGUGACGGUCUCAAUGUCGAGCAACGCAAACGCCUCACAAUCGGUGUGGAGCUUGCCGCCAGGCCAGCUCUACUUCUCUUCUUGGAUGAACCUACAUCUGGACUUGAUUCUCAGACAUCGUGGGCUAUCCUUGAUCUCCUUGACAAAUUGAAGAAGAACGGCCAGGCUAUUCUUUGCACCAUUCAUCAACCCUCCGCCAUCCUGUUCCAGCGCUUCGAUCGUCUCCUCUUCCUCCAGGCCGGUGGACGCACCGUGUACUACGGAGAUAUUGGCGAGAACUCUCAAAUCCUUAUUGACUACUUCGUCCGCAAUGGUGGACCCCCGUGCCCUCCUGCUGCUAACCCCGCUGAAUGGAUGCUCGACGUUAUCGGUGCUGCUCCUGGAUCCCACACUGACAUCGACUGGUACGACACAUGGCGCAACUCCCCCGAGUAUAGACGUGUCCAGGAACACCUCGCCAAACUGAAACUUGAAAGUUCCCAACAGGUCGGCCUUGCCCGCACUCUCUCGGACCAGAAGCGCGAGGACAAGGCUAGCUACCGCGAAUUCGCCGCUCCAUUCGGUGCACAGCUCUGUGAAGUCCAGACCCGAGUGUUCCAGCAAAUUUGGCGCUCACCCACGUACAUCUACUCCAAGACCGCACUAUGCGUUAGUUCGUCUCUCUUUAUCGGUUUCUCUCUGUUUAAUACUCCCAACACGAUCCAGGGACUUCAGAACCAGAUGUUCGCUAUCUUCAUGUUGUUGACUCUUUUCGGUCAACUCAUCCAGCAAAUCAUGCCACAUUUUGUUGCCCAGCGCGCUUUGUACGAGGCCCGCGAACGUCUAUCUAAAACUUACUGUUGGAAAGCUUUCAUGAUAUCUAACAUUGUCGUUGAACUCCCUUGGAACUCGCUCAUGUCCGUCCUCAUGUUUAUUUGCUGGUACUACCCCAUCGGUCUGAACCACAAUGCCGAACCUACUGACUCCGUCACGCUACGUGGCGUGCAAAUGUGGCUCUUCAUCUGGACCUUCCUUCUUUUUUCAUCCACCUUUGCACACUUUAUGAUCGCGGCUUUCGAAACUGCCGAGAACGCCGGUAACACGGGUAACUUGCUCUUCAUGCUCUGUCUCCUGUUCUGCGGUGUCCUCGCUACGCCCAACCAGCUCCCAGGUUUCUGGAUCUUUAUGUACCGCGUCUCACCAUUCACGUACCUCGUCAGUGGUAUGCUGUCCGUCGGCAUCUCCAACACAGAAGUCACAUGCGCGCCAAACGAGUACCUGCGCUUCGACCCGCUGAACGGGACCUGCGGCGAGUACAUGGAAGCGUACAAGGCCACUAUGGGCGGCUACAUCGAAAACGAACUUGCGACCUCAAACUGCAAUUUCUGUCCCAUCAGCGACACAAAUGUUUUCCUUAGUUCUGUCUCAGCCAACUACUCAGAUGUGUGGCGCAACUUCGGCAUUAUGUGGGUGUACAUCAUUUUCAAUAUCUUUGCGGCGUGUGCGCUGUACUGGUGGGUGCGUGUCCCGAAGGCAAAGAAACCAGUGGCCGCCAAGACCAACUAGUGUCUGACACGAUUCUUCGUGUUUAAUAAUAUUGAUUAUCUUGAGUAUACCUUGCUGGCUCAACUUGCCAGGACUUUACGACAACAGAAUAAGUUCUUACAUUGGGCCUAGUUCCUCUUAAGCAUUCAGGACGGAGAAAUACAAGAAGGCUUCUCCCCAAACUUCCUACAUGUUUUCCUGUACCCAAUAGACGAAUGUUUCUUUUUCUGUUGUUACCCUGAGGUUUGACUUUGUUCUGCUUUUUGGAGAUUGCUCAGAGGGUGUUAUCUUUGGUACCUGCUUGCAUAUCUCUUUUCGGGAAAGCUAUUAGGUGUGACAUGCCCUGUGGUUAAGGCUCAGUUGGGAUCUGCUACUUUCGGGGUUUGCCUUUUUGAAGCUGGCAUGAAUUGGUAUAUGGUCGGUAAUUUGCCUAAUCCGGCCAUUCCCCAUUAGAAUCAAAACAAGCUACCCCAAGCAAAGGAAAUUUGACCUGUUCUAUCGUUACUUUCCUUUCAUCCAUGGCCUCUAAACUGCAAUGGAUUUCCGCUCUGAUGUUAUACAACAUCAAUCCACCUUCAGUCUCAUACUCACCCUACUCCUGAUCAUACCCACUUCACAAUGCAUU